CGACUGGAUUACUGUUUUUACACUAACCUGUUGGAAUAUAAAAUGUUGAAAAUGGAAAGGUUAAUUUUUACGACAUUGUGUACUGCAUUCUUUUUUACAAACUGUGUUUCAGGUGAGUCAGAAACAUCAUAGACGAUUAAAAUAUAGCCUACAAUCCUAAACGCUGUACACUAUAAAGAUACUAUAUGGAUUAAUCAAAUGAUGCACAUACUGCAUUUAAAAGCCAUUAUGUCCUAAUUCUUUGUUGGCAACUUCUUGGGACCAGCCUGGUUUACAGUACAGGCAAUGCAACCUGUGAACCUUUCAUGAAAAGGGACACUGUCCCUAAUUAUUUAAAUUUCACUCAUUCUCAAUGUCUAACAUUACAUGUAGUUAACUGAUCUUGCUCUUCUUGUAGAGGACUAUCCCAAGGCACAGAAUGUUUCCUGGUUGUCGAUCAACUUCAAAACACUGCUUAUGUGGGAUCCUAAACCUUCCAAUUAUUCAUACACUGUUGAAUAUUCUGUGUAAGUAAAGCAUUUACAUACUGAUAUGACUGGUUUUUGCAUUUAAAGGAAGACGGAACAACACACACACACACACACACACACACACACACACACACACACACACACACACACACACACACACACACACACACACACACAGAGAGAGAGACACACACACACACACUAGCCUACAUGUCACCAUUAAAUAUUAAAAAGACAGUGCCUAUAUAACAUUAUCAUGGUAAGUCUGCACUAACCUAUUCCCAGACUCAGUAUCUGACCUUGAAGAGUCAGGGUAAUGUGUUGGAGGGCAGUAGGAGGGCAGGAAAGAUUUAGGAGGGCAGGGAAUAUGUGAGGAAAGAUGUGAGGACUGAUGUGAUCAGACUACACUUUUGAUCCGCUGAAAGGUUUUUCAGGAAUUGAAGCAUCUUAACCUGGUGAAUAGUUCAAGAGGGUUUGGAGCUGAAAAUACAAAUCAUUGUUUUAUUUAUGUACAAUUUGUGUGAUAUGUGGUGCAAUGAGCUAUAUAUUAUAAUUCAAGUCAAAGAUUAAAAUAAAAUGUGGUACUUCUCUUAUUUUUUAACUAAGAUAUCAACCCAGACCCAAUGAAAGACCUAAAUGGAACAAAAAAAUUAUGUUUGAAGAUAAUGAUAAGCCUUCGACUGAAACCUACCAUUAUGUCUAUUUCAGUAUUGGUCAGAGCAGAGAGAGGAACCAACACUGUAUCAGGACAAUGGCGACAGAGUGUGACCUGUCCAACUCUCUGGUGGACCUGAAGGCCAAAUACUCUGCUGAUGUCCUCUCAGAACCCCUACGUGGUGUGAACUCUGACCUCAUAGAGUUCCCCCACACCCGCUCGGAGAGGUUCGUCCCCUAUGAAGACAGUAAGUAUUGCACCGCAGCCACCUACACUACAUGUCAUACCAUUUAUACUAUUUUGUCCCUACGAAGACACUAAGUACCCCAACUACCACCUGUCUACAGUCAUAUCAAUGUCACAUUUUCCACACUUACCAGACAAGCACCCCAUUCUUAUAGAAACCUAUGGUUGCGCUGCCAUACCAGUGCAUACUACAUUUUCCACAUGCGAAGUGGCUCCUAAUGUGACAAGCAAGCAUGUCAACCUCUCGUGUCAUUUCCCUUCCAGCGCUUAUAGGCAGACCUGAGUUCAAGAUUGAGGUGAGCAAAGACAAGAGGAAGAUCACCCUGUAUGUAGAAGACCCUCCCACAGCCCUGUUCAACAAGCAGAACCAACAGAGAACAAUCCGGGAUGUCUUCGCUGAUGAGCUGCAGUACAAAGUCACCUUCGGGAAAGCAACAAGCACGGGCAAGGUAAGCUCAAAGGGGAGGGUAAUACAAAUGUCAGCCCUACAUUAGAUAUUUACAGUUCCUCAAAGCACUCUAGGGCCUGGGGUCGAACCAAGUGAGAAAGAGGACAUUCGUCAAUGGUGUAGGCUCCUUAAAGGAGCAAGUCAAGGAAUAUAAUUAAAUGAAAUGCAGUGGAUGAUAUGAGUUUUGCAAAGCUCACUUCUGAUUAUAUUGCAUGGGAAAUCUCUCCCUCUCACUGGGCACAAACGGGUUAAAUCAAUGUUGUUUCAAUGUAAUUUGUCAACGUAUUGUGACAUGGAAUCUAGGUGGAUUUGGAUUUGAAAAAAGUAAUUGUUGUUUUGAGGGUGAAAUUUCAACCACAGGAUUAUGUCAUCAUGGUAACCAAAUUUCAACAUAGACAAACCUGGUAUAAAAUAUGUUGAAUUUGUACCUUUUAAACAACGCUAGAUCUUCAAUGUAAUAUCCACUAUCAGAAAAAAAAACUAUGACCUGGGCAGCACCUCCUACUGGAGAAUUGAUCUAUCUGGGUGGGCAAUGCAAUUAGUCCGGGUAGCCAUGAUUAGCAGUGAGCAAGGAAACGGAACAUAUAGAACGAACUGAGUCGCGUCCAUAAAUAUCGAACUAAUAGAACAACCGACUGUCUCUAGCAACCAAAAGAUGAGAAAGUAUCUCUUAUAAAAAUGAAAAUGUUAACAUUUUUAUUUUAUUUCUACCGGUAAAUGUGUGCUUUAGUAUUGUUUUCUUUAGCAACUGUGGUAUAAGCAGGAUAAAUACCUCCAUUCUGUACAUUACCUUGGAAAAAUGAACUCUGCUGAGUCGUCCAUUAUUUCCAAGGUAAUGUACAGAACGUUGGCGUUUAUCCCUUACAUAUUGAAUUGUGUUUGGUUGUCAACGCAACCAAAUAUCAACAUUUGAAGGAGAGUUCCAUCUGUGCCACCGACUUAGUCUGGCUUUAAUUUCGGUUUGUAUACAAAUUAAUAAUUGAUAUGUUGGAUUCACAUCCCCAUCUCACCCAAACAUUUAAGUUAAAGAAUAGGACUAAAUAAAAUCAAACUUUAUUUAAAGUGCAUUUAAAGUUUGAUUUGAUUUAGUCCAUUUUUUAAAACUUAGAUUUUUGUUUAAGAUGACAACCAAACACAAUUCAAUAUUACUUUUGAAAUACAAUAACUAGCUUAUUAACUUGUCGACAAGUUAACAAAUUAUAUGUUGGAUUCACAUCUCCAACUCGACCAAAAAUUAAAGUUUAAGAAUGGGAUUUAGCCAGCGGCUCAGAUGGAAAUAUCCAAGCAGUAGAUACUUUAAAUGUUGAUAUUUGGUUGCGUUGUCAACCAAACGCAAUACACUAUUACUUUUGUAAUACAGUAAAUAGCCCGAAGUUAAGGGUUCUCUUACAAACUAAUGUAACAUUCAACCUUAAAAUGAGUAACACAUCCAUGGCCACAUUUUGAGGCUACCGUAACUAUACAGUUGAAGUCGGAAGUUUACAUACACUUAGGUUGGAAUCAUUAAAACUCGUUUUUCAACCACUCCACAAAUUUUUUGUUAACAAACUAUAGUUUUGGCAAGUCGGUUAGGACAUCUACUUUGUGCAUGACACAAGUAAUUUUUCCAACAAUUGCUUACAGACAGAUUAUUUCACUUAUAAUUCACUUUAUCACAAUUCCAGUGGGUCAGAAGUUUACAUACACUAAGUUGACUGUACCUUUAAACAGCUUGGAAAAUUCCAGAAAAUGAUGUCAUGGCUUUAGAAGCUUCUGAUAGGCUAACUGACAUCAUUUGAGUCAAUUGGAGGUGUACCUGUGGAUGUAUUUCAAGGCCUACCUUCAAACUCAGUGCCUCUUUGCUUAACAUCAUGGGAAAAUCAAAAGAAAUCAGCCAAGACCUCAGAAAAAAAUGGUAGACCUCCACAAGUCUGGUUCAUCCUUGGGAGCAAUUUCCAAACGCCUGAAGGUACCAUGUUCAUCUGUACAAGCAAUAGUACGCAAGUAUAAACACCAUGGGACCAUGCAGCCGUCAUACCGCUUUGGUGCGAAAAGUGCAAAUCAAUCCCAGAACAACAGCAAAGGACCUUGUGAAGAUGCUGGAGGAAACAGGUACAAAAUUAUCUAUAUCCACAGUAAAAUGAGUCCUAUAUCGACAUAACCUGAAAGGCUACUCAGCAAGGAAGAAACCACUGCUCCAAAACCGCCAUAAAAAAGCCAGACUACAGUUUGCAACUGCACAUGGGGACAAAGAUCGUACUUUUUGGAGAAAUGUCCUCUGGUCUGAUGAAACAAAAAUAGAACUGUUUGGCCAUAAUGACCAUCGUUAUGUUUGGAAGAAAAAGGGGGGUCUUGCAAGCCGAAGAACACCAUCCCAACCAUGAAGCACGGGGGUGGCAGCAUCAUGCUGUGGGGGUGCUUUGCUGCAGGAGGGACUAUUGCACUUCACAAAAUAGAUAGCAUCAUAAGGAAGGAAAAUUGUGUGGAUAUAUUGAAGCAACAUCUCAAGACAUCAGUCAGGAACUUAAAGCUUGGAUGGACAUUGACCCCAAGCAUACUUCCAAAGUUGUGGCAAAAUGUCUUAAGGACAACAAAGUCAAGGUAUUGGAGUGGCCAUCACAAAGCCCUGACCUCAAUCCUAUAGAACAUAUGUGGGCAGAACUGAAAAAGCAUGUGCGAGCAAGGAGGCCUACAAACCUGACUCAGUUACACCAGCUCUGUCAGGAGGAAUGGGCCAAAAUUCACCCAAUUUAUUGUGGGAAGCUUGUGGAAGGCUACCCGAAACAUUUGACCCAAGUUAAAUAAUUGAAAGGCAAUGCUACCAAAUACUAAUUGAGUGUAUGUAAACUUCUGACCCACUGGGAAUGUGAUGAAAGAAUUAAAAGCUGAAAUAAAUCAUUAUCUCUACUAUUAUUCUGACAUUUCACAUUCUUAAAAUAAAGUGGUGAUCCUAACUGACCUAAGACAGGGAAAUUUUACUAGGAUUAAAUGUCAGGAAUUGUGAAAAACUGAGUUUAAAUGUAUUUGGCUAAGGUGUAUGUAAACUUCCGACUUCAACUGUACAUGUCUUCUUAUGUAAUCAUAUAACACUUGCAUGUUCAAGAUGGCAUGCAUAGGUCAUCGCAGGUCUGUGGAGAUCUUCACAAUUGCUGUAAUAAUCUGCGCAGAAUCAAACGGCAUUGAUCAAUUUCACCAUGUACUUUUAAUGUAAUCUCAACUGCAAUCCAGGUCAUCUGGUUCUGACCAAGCACAGUGAUAACACAUUAAUCUGUUGUAUAAAUAAACAAAAUAUUUGAUAUUUUAUUCCCAUUUCAACUUUGCUGUGCUUUUAAAUGGUUGAAAGCGUUGUGAUAGACGUUAGGGUGACAACUAAACCAAAAAUCAGACAUUGUUUUUCUAUUGGAAUUUGGUUGUGCUUUUAAAUGGUUGAAAGCAUAGUGAUAACACAUUAGAAAUUCAAGUAACUUUUGGCUGUCUUUUUGAGUGGGUGAAUAUAGGUUGGAAUAUCAUUGAUCAAUGUCUCAACCAAAUAUUAUUAUGAAUGUGUUAUGAAUGUAUGAUAGUUUUAUGAUAGUAAAACAGUAAUGAACAAGUUAUAGAAAAUUGAAUAUAUAAGAAGACAUAAUAUAACCCCUUCUUUAUGUAAUUCUCCCUCUAGAAAACAAAGAUCUCUGCAAGCAGUGAGAUAGAGCUAGACAGGAGGGAUGUAGAUCCUGGGGUGAGUUACUGCUUCAACGUGCAGGCCUACAUCCCCUCCCGCAGCACAGACAAACAGCUUGGAGAGCUCAGUCAAAGACAGUGCUCACCGGGCGACGAAAAGUAUUUAUUUGAAGGUAAGGAUACUAGCAAUGCCAAGGUCAUGGGUUCAAGUCCCGCAGGGAUCACAUACACAUACUAAAAAUGUAUGCACUCACUGUCACUGUACUGCAAGUGGCUUUGGAUUAAAGCAUCUGCUAAAUGGUAUACUUAUAUAUUAUCGUGAUAAAUAGUACUACUACUGAGGUAGCAGUCUUGGUGUCUUUUAUUCUCUAGUAUACAUUUCUUGCUCAUGGGUCAGCCUUGAUCUUUUUGACAAGUUGUGUUCAUUAAGGAAAUUUGGCCCUGUUUUAAUAUAUUCUGUAACUCGAUAAUUCAUGUUGGCCAUUAUAUUUAAGGGAGUUCAGAUAUGCAUCUGUGGUACUGAGGAUUUCGAAUCCUUGCCAAUUAGCUAAUACCAUGCCCUAGUAUUACAAAUAUAGAAUUAGCCAUGUGCGUCUUACUCACUGUGAGGAAUGAUAAGAAGAGGGUUUUAGGUACUGAUCAUAUCUCCUAGUGGGUCAAUCGGGAUGGGAAUGUAAUUAUUUAUUUUGAUUUAACCUUCAUUUAACUAGGCAAGUCAGUUAGGGACAAAUUCUUAUUUACAAUGAUGGCCUACCCCAGCCAAACCCUCCCCUAACCCGGACGACGCUGGGCCAAUUGUGCGCCGCCCUAUGAGGCUCCCGAUCACGUCCGUUUGUGAUACAGCCCGGGAUCGAACCUGGGUCUGUAGUGAAGCCUCUAGCACUGUGAUACAGUGCCUUAGACCUUAGGAAUGCAAAGGAUGAAAGUCAAAUUAAUGACUCAUGUUUUGACUCAUUGUGAAAUCCAACACUGGAAAAGUCCCUAUGUGUGUGUGUGUGUGAGUGUGUGAGUGAGAGAGAGAAUCACCGUCCAGCCCAAUAACGGUCCUCAACCCUGUUUCCUCUCCAGAGUAUGGGAUCGGUGUGAUCGCUGGGUUCAUCCUCCUUAUCAUUCUGAUCAUAGUAGUGGCUAUCGUAGUCACAGUGGUGUGCUGCAAACGCAGAAGGAAAGCCAACACAAGUGGAAAAGAGGGAGUGCCAUUAAGAAGUGUG